AUGUCCGCCUCUGAUGCUGAACCUCUACUCGGACGUGCUUCACCUGGAACCCUAUAUCUCCGAAGUCGACCAUCGUCACCAAUUUCUUCGACUUCCUUGAACCACGUCCAUAUCGCCGAGGCAUUGCUCAAGUCAGAGGAUGGUGGGGCAACGCUGGACUUGAGUCACAGGAACCUGUCGGAUGUGGGAGAAUAUGGGGCACAUGAGCUGGCUUCCAUAGGACGUGAGGAGAAUGCAGAAGAUGACAGUACCGUUCUUAGGGUGACGCUUGCCAACAAUCGACUGGCUACCCUUCCUAUGGCUUUCGCAGUACUAUCGCGUCUUCGAUACCUUAAUCUGAAGAGCAAUUCUUUCACCGUGUUUCCUGAAGUGUUGACUAUCAUGCCGUCACUGGAGAUUCUGGACAUCGGUCGGAAUAAGAUCAAACGUCUUCCUUCUGAGCCUGGGUCCUUGGUCAAUCUGAGAGUUUUUUCUUUGUACAAAAACAAAAUAAUCAGACUUCCGGCAUACCUCACACAGUUCAAACGACUUCACAUCCUGCGGAUCGAACAGAAUCCCUUGGAAUGGCCUCCGAAAGCCGUCUUAGAACUUGGGGCAACCGACAGCCACCUUACGACAAAGGAUUGGAUCAAAGAAGUUCAAAAAUGGAUGGCGGAGAAUAGUGGGUCACCAGAACACAGCAAAUCCGGUGAUGAAUCUGGUUUCAUCAACGACUUCGUUCACAGAAGAGACGAUAGUUCAAGGAUUCACUCACCAGUCAACGAGGGUGACUAUGAUCAUGGCCAGACUCCUCAUGCCCGCUCCUUCUCUGUGGUCUCUAAUGCGUCUGUUUACUCACUGGAAGAAACGCAAGUAUCUCUUGGGCCACCAUCGUCUGCACCGCGUCCAGGGCGCGUGUUACCUUUACAUCUGGGAUCACUCUCGACUUCUAUCUCCAUUGGUUCUUCCGUAUCACCAUCAAAUUCUCCCGACUCUUACCUACCCACACCAGAGGAGUCUAUCUCUUCGACAGAUGAUGACGUUUCAAGGUACUACAGCGAGGCCCAAUCACACGCCCGCAAUGCAUCUUAUGCUGGAUCUAGUAGACUUGCCACUCGAUCCAGCCUCACCGGAAAGAAAAGUCUUCCAGAUUUAAGACCUGCUCGAUUACGGCUCAACUCUGAUGCAGAUGCGGCAGGCCUCCCUAGUAUUCCUGUGGGUACGCAAGUCACCUUUACGACCCCUCUGAGAGUCAACAAAUCAUUGGAUAACUUCCCAAUGCCUUCGCCUAUCUCGUAUCGGCAGGACUCAUCAGAGUCUGAUGCUUUUUCGGUUACAUCCAUUACCGCUCGUCCCUUCGCCCAUGGCCCUGUAUCUGCGUCGCCCACCUCUUUGGAACAACCCGCGCCGCCCAUGGAUGUCGAACGAAAUUCUUAUUUCCGUCGCUUUUCCACCCUUCCGUCGUCCACCAUAUCGAAGACCAUCCCGUCGUCUCUCCUCAGCCUUGUGGACGCGGUUCGUGGCAUAUUGUUUGCUGUCUCGCAAGUCUAUCAAACACUUCAACAUUACACUGUUUACGCUAUCGACGAACGUCUCUCAUCUGUUUUGCUUAAAGUACUCGAUCCAGCUAGUAACUAUAUGACUCAACUGAUCAAUGCGCUGGACCGCUUUGAUUCGAUGAGUCGACGAACAGUACCCACGCCCUCCGUUUGCCGAGCUGUCAUCGAGUCUUGCAAGGAUAACGUGACUGUCUUCGGGAAAGCAGUUGGGGUUCUGGCACUCCAACUCAAGGUCCUCGCCACUCGUGAUGAUGUGCGGUAUACGAGGCAAAUGCUUCUGGUUUUAUACGGUGCAACCGCAGAGAUUUCAAACGCAUGGCAGUCGAUGACUCCUCACAUUGAUGCCGUCGAGCCAUUGCUCCGUGAUCAUCGACCUCCCCCAGUUGGAAAGGUGCGGUCGAUGCAACCCGUUUUGUCAGGCCUGGAGCAAUCACCUUCGCCCUCACCAUCGCCAGUACCUUCCACAGCACCAGUGUUCGUACCUCCACAUAAGCCGCGCUCACCAGUGGAUAGUCCCGGAGGAAGGACUCACAUGGCUCGCCGUCAUGCAGGUUCUUUCAGCUCGAAAGACGUGGAGAUUGGAAAAUCCUUGCCUUCCCAUCUUGAAUUCCCGAACCUGCAGGGAGGGAUCGUAACUGGUAAUGCCACAGAUAUUCCUACUCCUCGAGCAGCUCUCCGUCUGGCGGGAUUUGUUGCCAACCAGUCAGUCACAGCUCCGAACAGGUCGCCUUUCAAAGCUUCGAAGGAGCCAUGGGAUUCUCAUUCUCGACAGGGUUCACAAACAUCGCUGGUGGGAUCGUCGGCAGGGUCAUCGCCGUCUAUUCUUGGCCGGAUGCCUACGACGGAACUACCUUCUGAUCUGAGUACUCUUGUUGACAAGGAGGCUAUCGAGGCUAUGUUCAAAGCAGUUGAAGCUGCACCACCAGUCUGGAGUAUGAUGGACACCAUGCUGGCUGAUGUCUCGGAGCGACGUGAAGAAGUCCGGGAAAGUUUGGGCAAGGCACAGGUUUUGACCGACCAAUUGAAGGAGGGUAUAUUGACCCUCCAAGCCGGUGUUCAAGUGGAUCGGAAAGCAUUGAGAGAGGACGCUCAUCUCUUCGUCAAGACCGUCGUCCAACUGUCAAAUAUCAUCAAGACAUAUGGGGUCUCGCACCCUUUGUCCCCUGUCUUGCGGAACAGCAUGGUUGUCUUGACCAAUGCAACAGAGGAAUUCGUCAUCCUCCUACACGUUUCAUCAUUCUCUUCCCCUCCGACCCCCCGUCCGUAUUCCCCUAUGGUUCCGAUUGUCAACGGCCAAUCUUCAACGAACGGUAGCUUCCUCGGAGCUGAUGACAGUCGGCUUGGUGCAAGUCUUUCUCGAAGUCGUAGUGCCCAGGCAGCUUUAAAAAAGCCUCCAUCCCCCUUGCCCGCGAGAGACAUUCCACACAGUGCCCAACCAAAUCAAAGUUUCAAGAUCCCAACUCCUCCUCGUCGGAUGAGAAGGGAGUUGCUACUGAGCCCCGAAGAUGGGAUGAUUGGUUAUUGACGUAUGACACUCACAUGAACCCACGUUCUUUCAUUUCUCGUUUGGGCUUUUUUUCGCAAUGUCAUAUUACACUACUAUCUGCGUGCUGUCACAUCGUAACUAUUUAUUUCACUGCGCCCUCAUUAUACGAUAAUCCUAUUUCAAUGCUGUGUGAAAAAUGGUUUUACG